AUUUGUGUGGUUUUUUUCACUCUGAACAAAAAAGAGCUUCAAAAUGCACGCCAGCCAAGAAAGUUAUACCGAUUCAUUUUUCGACCUUUCUUCGCAAAUUAUUACUUCAAUUUUUUGUUUGACAACAAUUAUUACUUCAAUUUAUUAUCUCAUGUGUCUCUCUAAUAGAAAAAAAAAAACUAUAAACAAAUUUACACAGAAAGGAGAACUUAAUUUAUUCUGGAAAGACUUUUGUCUCGCUCUUGGCCUUAGUGCACUCUCCUUUUUCUCCUGUGCAAGUUAUGAUGCAAAGAUGAAAAAGAAUGGUUUUUUGAGCGAUUGAGCUAAAUGGGGCUUAUGGAGUUUCUCUUUACAGCUGAGUGUGGUUAGGGGUAAAUGGUUCCUUGCUUUGUAGGUUUCCACUACUGGGCUCGGUAGCGUCUUGUACUUUUGGAAUAAAGAAUCGUACCUCCUCAUUCGAGGAGCUGAAAAGGAGCAAGCUUUGUGGUGGGAGGAGAAAUGGGUGGUUGUACUUCGUGAAAAAAUCUUUGCACCUUGUCAUUCAAGAAAGACUUUACAUCUCGCUCUUUUUUUCUUUUUGGUGGGGGUUUAGGACAAAUAGCGAAAAAAAAAGAAGCUGUUCUUGCAAACCUCAAAUGGAGGCCCGGUGGGGAACUGGAUUCAUAGGGAUAGUGCUCUGUUUGGUUGUGUUUGUUAGGUUCAGUUAUGGCCAGGAAAAUGGAGGUAAUGUUACUGGUGUGUAUAUUGUGACUCUCAAACAGGCCCCAACUUCUCAUUGCCAUGGUGAACUCAGAGUUCAAAAGGGGAAGCAUUUAAAGAGCAAUGGGUCUGAGAGAAUGAAUAGAUUAGAUAAACCAAGCAAUAUAUCGAGGACCGAUUGGCACCACAGAUCAUAUACCGAACGCAUUCACAAUUCCUUACUAAGAAAAGUUCUACGAGGCGAAAAGUAUAUAAAGCUUUACAGCUACCAUUAUCUAAUCAAUGGAUUUGCCGCGCUCGUCACCCCACAGCAGGCCGAAAGGCUUUCUAGGCGAGGAGAAGUUUCGAACGUGGUUUUGGAUUACUCGGUUCGAACAGCCACUACUCACACGCCACAGUUUCUUGGUCUGCCACAAGGCGCGUGGGCCCAAGAAGGCGGGUUCGAAAAUGCGGGUGAAGGAAUAGUGAUCGGCUUUAUUGACACGGGAAUUGAUCCCACGCACUUCAGCUUCUCGGAUAAAACCCCCGAAAGAGACUACCCUAUUCCUGAUCAUUUUACGGGCAUUUGUGAAGUCACGAGGGACUUUCCUUCUGGAUCUUGCAAUAGGAAGCUUGUUGGGGCCCGCCAUUUUGCAGCCUCUGCAAUUACUCGAGGGAUAUUUAAUGCCACUCAGGAUUUUCCUUCGCCGUUUGAUGCCGAUGGACAUGGAACGCACACUGCUGCAAUUGCAGCUGGGAAUCAUGCGAUUCAAGUCGAGGUAGCUGGGAAUUGUUUUGGAAAUGCCAGUGGGAUGGCUCCUCGUGCACACAUUGCUGUUUAUAAGGCGUUAUACAAGAGCUUUGGGGGAUUUGCAGCAGAUGUGGUUGCUGCUAUAGAUCAGGCUGCACAAGAUGGAGUGGAUAUCAUAAGCUUGUCGAUAACUCCAAACAGGCGUCCACCUGGCAUCGCCACUUUCUUCAAUCCUAUAGACAUGGCAUUACUAUCUGCAGUAAAAGCUGGGAUCUUUGUGGUCCAAGCAGCAGGAAAUACUGGGCCAUCUCCUCGAAGCAUUUCAUCUUUCAGCCCAUGGAUCUACACUGUUGGGGCUGCAGCCCAUGAUAGGGUCUACAGUAACUCUAUAGUCCUCGGCAAUAACAUUACAGUUCUUGGAGUUGGACUUGCUCCUGGGACACAAAAUAAUACAAUGUACACUCUGAUUUCUGCUAUACAUGCUCUGAACAACAGCACGGCUGAGGACGAUAUGUAUGUUAAUGAGUGCCAAGAUUCAGGUAAUUUUAAUCAGAGCAUGAUUCAAGGGAAUAUCUUGAUAUGUAGCUACUCUGUCCGGUUUGUACUUGGGCUCUCCACCAUCAAACGGGCUUUAGAAACUGCCAAGAAUCUCAGUGCAGCUGGUGUGGUUUUUUGCGUGGAUCCUUACGUGAUCGGUUUUCAGCUCAACCCAAUUCCAAUGACUAUCCCUGGCAUUAUAAUCCCAACCCAAAAUGAUUCAAAGGUGUUACUCCAGUACUACAAUAUGACUCUUGAAAUGGAUAACUCCACGAAAAAAAUCGUCAAAUUCGGGGGAGUCGCGAGUAUCACUGGCGGAAUAAAAGCAAAUUUCAGCAGCUCGGCUCCAAAAGUCAUGUAUUACUCUGCAAGAGGACCCGAUCCAGAAGACAGCUCGCUGAACGAUGCAGAUAUACUAAAACCGAAUAUUGUAGCUCCAGGAAAUUUCAUAUGGGCUGCAUGGAGUUCUCGUGGGACCGAUUCCAUUGAAUUUCAAGGUGAGAGCUUUGCACUCAUGUCUGGAACAAGCAUGGCAGCUCCUCAUAUUGCCGGGCUUGCGGCCUUAAUAAAGCAGAGAUUUCCUUCUUUCGGCCCAUCAGCUAUUGGGUCGGCACUUUCAACGACAGCUUCUCUUUACGACAGAAAUGGUGGGCCCAUCAUGGCCCAACGUGCUUAUGCUAAUCCGGAUUUGAACCAAUCUCCCGCCACUCCCUUUGACAUGGGGAGUGGAUUCGUAAAUGCUACUGGGGCAUUAGAUCCUGGUCUCAUAUUCAAUUCAAGUUACGAUGAUUACAUGUCCUUUUUAUGUGGCAUAAAUGGCUCGUCUCAAGUCGUGCUGAAUUACACGGACCAAAGCUGUGGUACUUACACCAUGAAAGCUAUUGACCUGAACUUGCCCUCCAUCACCAUAUCUAAGCUCAACCAGUCGACUUUAGUUCAACGGACGGUGACCAAUGUAGGUAAAAACGAGACCUACAAUGUUAGGUGGAGUUCCCCUUAUGGGGUCUCGGUUAAGGUAAGCCCGGCCCGUUUUUCCAUUGCAAGUGGUGAGAAUCAGAUACUUAAUAUAUCGAUUAAUGCAACAAUCAACAGCUCGUUUGCGAGCUUUGGGAGAAUCGGGGUUUUUGGGACUGGGGGCCAUUUGGUCAAUGUUCCCCUGUCGGUUAUUGUCAAGAUUUCGUACAAUUCGACUGGUGGCUGAUUUUUCGGUGUGUAAUAGUAAUAACUCUGAUUUUCGGUGUAAUUUAUGCGUAACGUGUCCGAUUUUUUGAUUGAUCGGUUGUAAAUUGUUUUGAGAGCUGGUGAGUAGUUUGCGUGAUUGGUCACACUGUCAUCAGCUUCGGCUGCUCAUAUUAGAUAGAUUUGGAUUUGGCUUUAAAGUUAACUGUAGUUGGGUGAUGACAAUUAUGGGCGCCAUUGUUAUUAUUCAAGCUUUUCUUCGUUUAUCUUUUGUUCAUAUCUAUACUUAUAUAAUAAGAAUU